UCAUUUGACGUUACUGGCGUAUCGUGAGACGGUUAGUAGCCUCCCGAAACCGUCCUCCGGUCUAAGCCUUGAGAACUCAAGCUUUGAACCCUCUACGAGGUGUCACGCUGAGUUCUCUUUUUUUAAGCCCCAGAACCUCGGCUUCGGGGUUUGGGUCCAGCUUCGUUCUCGUUCUCGAGUCCGUUUUCCGAGUUCUCGCGAGACCCGCGGGCCAAGCCGAGAGCAGCCCGAGAGCCGGUAUCUCCCGGGAGCGCGGCCCGGCUCGCAGAGCGUCCGGGCGGAGCUGCGGCCUCGCGCGCGAGCGAGCGAGCACGACGCCGGCCGACCUCGCCCGGGACCCCGGCAGCGAUGGAUGAGGACCUGGUUUUGGCGCUGCGGCUUCAGGAGGAGUGGAAUUUGCAGGUGUCGGGGCGCGCCGCGGCCCAGGAGCCCCUGUCCCUGGUGGACGCGUCCUGGGAGUUGGUGGACCCCACCCCGGAUUUGCAGGCCCUGUUUGUGCAGUUCAACGACCGGUUCUUCUGGGGCCAGCUGGAGGCCGUCGAGGUGAAGUGGAGCAUGCGGAUGACCCUGUGUGCUGGGGUGUGCAGCUAUGAAGGGAGGGGCGGAAUGUGUUCCAUCCGGCUCAGUGAACCCCUCUUAAAGCUGAGACCAAGAAAGGAUCUCGUAGAGACCCUGUUGCACGAAAUGAUACACGCCUAUCUGUUUGUCACUAACAACGACAAGGACCGGGAAGGGCACGGCCCCGAGUUCUGCAAGCACAUGCACCGCAUCAACCGCCUGACCGGGGCCAACAUAACGGUGCACCACGCAUUCCACGACGAGGUGGACGAGUACCGGAGACACUGGUGGCGCUGCGACGGGCCCUGCCAGCUGCGGAAGCCCUUCUACGGCUACGUCAAGCGUGCCACCAACAGGGCGCCGUCCGCGCACGACCACUGGUGGGCCGAGCACCAGAAGUCCUGUGGCGGCACCUACGUCAAGGUCAAGGAGCCCGAGAGCUACUCCCAGAAGCGCAAGGGGAAGGCGGGCGCGGGCGGGCGGCCCGUCUCGUCUGCCUGUCUUGCAGAUAAAGCCAGCAGAGGCGAGACGCAGCCGCUAGUCCCGUUCAGUGGGAAUGGCUACGUCCUGGGAGCGACGGGCCAGGCCGUCCCGCCCGGGGAGGUGGCCACGCCACGUGCUACUCGGAAGGCACAAGAUUCCUCACGUCACGACCGUUCGGCAAACACCGCGAGACCCGGUUCUAAAACCGAGGCGAAAUUCGUCCAGAAUGGUUCAAGUAAGAAAACUGUAGUCCCCCCUGUUCUUAGUAGCGGUCACCAAAGUGUUUUAAGCAACUACUUCCCCCGAGCGUCGUCGGCUCCCAGCGCGAAGGCCCUGCGGGGCGCGGACGGGCCUCCUGCGGCAAGCGUGGCCCUGGGCGACGGCGGCAAGCACCCCGCCCCCUCUGGGUCUCAGAGAAGGGCUUCGGCGUCCAAGGUCGCCCCGAGAAAUUCCACGAGAGCAGCAGCGUCGGCCUCCGUGGCGGCCCCCCAGGACGCGAGCCGGCCCGAGAGUGAGGUCCCAGGCAAACGGCCCCGGCUGGAGGGUGAGGCCGUUGGUGCCAGCGGCUUCGUCAGGGAGCGCGCGCAGAGCGAUGGUGACCCAGCCAGUGCGUCCCCUGCCGCCCCGGCCCAGGGCUUCAGCGGCCAGCCCGGCCAGAGCGAAGUGGUCCGCUGCCCGGUGUGCCGGGGCCAAGUUCUGGCGUCUCAGAUCAACGAGCACUUGGACCGGUGCCUCGAAGGCGAGAGCACCUCACUCAGAAGGAGGAAAAACCUCUGAGGAAGAGGAUGGGCCUCGCAUCCCGCCGCCGCUACCUCACCGCGACCGCCGUGCCGGCCCCUCAGGGAGCUCUGCCUCGUGCAGAUUCGUAGGUUACGACCUGCUUCACGUGGCCAGCACGGAAUGUUCUCGUUGACACGUGCGCACGUGAGAUUGUGAUCAGGGCUGUGAGGGCGCCCCGUCUGUGUCCACUCAACUUCCUCUUCUGGAGCCCGCAGUUCUGAAUGUUCUCACACGUGUAGCUUUUAUUAGACACUUUGUUCUUUCUUGCUCUUAAAGGUAUUUGAAUCUGUUAACCUACGUCUACGUCCCUCAGAGUAUUUAACGAGUAAUUAAAUAUAUGGUUAAAUUGAAUAUUUAUUAAUGCUGAAACUCGUUCCCAGUGCUGUUAGUAUUUAGCGUCAGGCAUACUGACCACAAUGAAAACCUAGAGUAUGAAGUAUGUUAGUUGUUUUACUCAAAAUACUUUUCUAAAUCUUUAAACUUUUUUUCUCAAAAUCUUAACAGGAAAUGAGUUUUAUGCAUUUUAAAGAAUUUUAUGUCUGUUUCACCUUGGUGGCAGAUUUUAGGUUAAAAUAGAUAAAGAGUAUAGUAAAACAGAUUUAUUUUUGAAUAUUACUAGUAACAAACAGCCACUAUAAUUCUGUGAGCCAGAGUUAUUGUCUCAGACUUUAACACAGCGAGUGGCUAAAACUCGGUGCUGAGUAACUGGUAUAUACGACAGCAAAGCUGCGUACUGUUCCGCAGUGGAACGUUAUCUAGAAACAGCAUCACGAACCUUAAGCCAAAGCUGAAACCAUUACGACAGGGAAUACCACUUGUGCAUUUAAAAAUAAAAAGUCGUGUCGCGACGGGGGCACGGAUUCUCCCCUGCUGUCUCAGGGCCGCCUCAGGGUGCCGCACGCUCCCAAGACCGCAGGCCCCGCCGUCUUUCUCCUCAGCUUCGUGCCACGUGGCUUGUAUGCGCAUGAGGCGCAGGGUCCUAGGCGUGCGGCCGGUGGCCUCGCACCGUGCUUGGCUGCCGUCACUAGAGGGCGUCCUCGUGGCUGCGUCUUCCCAGCCGACUCCCGCAGCCCGAGGGCAGCCGCCAUCGUCACCUCUGCCGCGCAGGCCAGCGCUAGCUGCCUCGUUCUUGAACUCACGGUGCGGUAUCUUUGUUGCUACAUGUGGCGGAUUCUGUAGCGUUUGUGUGACUAUGCCAAAGUUUACAUGUCCAUUUUAAUAUUAACAGGCGUCAUUUCCAGUUGGGGCUGGCUGUUAUGAACAGUGCCACUAAGAAUGUCACUGUCAUCUCGUGGCGGGCGCUCAGGGUCCGAUUGCUGGGUCACGGGGUAUGUUCACGGUUAGCGUUGGUGAAUUCCGCAGUUGACGCUCCUUCGAGCAGCGGAUGAGAGUUCUAGUCGUU